AUGGCUUCUUUACCGUCCAACGUCCAUGUCUCUCAGCACCCGUGUCUCAGGGCCAAGCUGAGCCAGCUUCGCUCAAAGUCCAUUAGCCCUAGAGAGGUUAAAUCAUUGAUUCAUGAGAUUUCUCUGAUUGUCUCUUGUGAGGCUCUUGCUUCAUCUUUGGAAGCUACAGAAGGAUCUCAGGAUGAGACACCUCUAGGCUUUCAGUUCAAGUCCACCACAGUUCACCCAAGCACUAUGUGCUUAGUUCCUAUCUUGCGAUCAGGCCUUGGCAUGGUUGACGCUGUGCAAACGAUGCUCCCUAAUGCAGUCCCAGUCCACCACCUGGGCAUGUAUCGCGAGCCUUCAACUCUCGACCCAGUCGAGUAUUACAACAACCUUCCUCAGCAAUCCUCCAGCGAAGGUGCCAGCAGUCUCGCUAUCCUGGUCGACCCCGUUAUUGCAACUGGUGGAACUUGUGCUGCCGCCAUCCAGACACUUCGUGAAUGGGGCGCAAAGCGAAUUCUUGUCCUCUCUGUCAUUGGAGCUAAUGAAGGUGUUCAAAGAGUUGCGGCCGAGUGGCCCGAGGGAUGUGAGGUUUGGAUCGCCGCAGUGGACAAUGAGCUGACCAGUGAUGGUAUGCUCAAGCCCGGUUUGGGAGAUGUUGGUGACAGACUAUUCUUGACCAUUGGUAAAUGA